UUUUAUUGUGUAAUGGGAAAAAAUAUAAACCGGAAGUUCCCGCGGUGCUAUUUCUCGGGCUAAGUAAGCGGAAAAGAUCUCAACACCAAUUUUUAUUAGAUUGAGCAAUGCCAUUAGUAGAAAUACCCAAUUGGUAGUUAUUUUAAUACUUGGAAUGGAGAAGAUGUGGGUUAAAAGUAGAAGAAUUGUGUGGCAUAUUCAAUGAAACCUUUUUGUGGAGGACUACUUUUUUUUUUUACCCCGGGGGAAGACAUUUACGCUCAGAUUCACACUCCCUUUCGAACAAAGCAUCCUCCCUUUUGAGGUGUCCUUGAGCUUCACAAUGGAUGACUUCCAGCAAGGAGGCAGUGGUCGAGAAUGGGCCUGCCAAGAUACGUAGAUGGGCUCGGAGAGUCCUGAUUGCUUUGGACGGUCCGUGAGCACAAUGACCGAAGAGGAACAACAGCAGCAGCAGCAAGAUAUCGGUUGCCUGAUCAACUCUGACGGUGAAGAAGUGGAUUUGUCUGAUCUCCGAGAGAGUGGCAGCCCGGGCAGCGGAGCCACAGAACCCCCCUCCACGGCGUUCCAUCAGAGCGAGAAUGAAAAGCCGGCCUCGUUCCACACCUGCUCCGUAUGCGGCAAAGACUUCCCUUACGCCUCCAAACUCCAGCGCCACCUUCGUACGCACUCGGGAGAGAGGCCUUUCCCGUGCUCCAUGUGCGACAAGAGAUUCCCCGAGAAAGGUCUGCUUAUGAUCCACGAGCGGGUCCACACGGGAGAAAAGCCCUUUCCGUGCACUUUCUGCGAGAAACGCUUUGCCAGCCAGGGUGAGCUGCGACUCCACCGGAGGACGCACACGGGCGAGAGACCGUACCACUGCUCCAUCUGCUUGAAGAGCUUCUCUCGCCACUGGCACCUCAAAACGCACCUGGACGCCAUGCACUCCGAGGUGGUCGCCGGCUUCACCAGAAAGAAGUUCCCGUGCUCGGAUUGCGACAAGAGCUGCAACUCCGCCGCCGAGCUGCGGGAUCACCAGAGGACUCACACGGGCGAGCGGCCCUAUCAGUGCUCCUUCUGCGAUAAGAGGUUUGCUCUGUCGGGUACGCUGGUGCGCCACGAGCGGCUCCACACCGGAAUCACGCCCUACCACUGCUUGGACUGCGGCAAGACUUUUGCGCAACAGUGGACGCUGACUACGCACAUGCGCACGCACAGGGGGGAAAAGCCGUACAGCUGCACGCAGUGCGACAAGUCGUUCGUGGCGCCCGGCGAGCUCAGGAGGCACACUCGGAUACAUACGGGGGAGAAGCCGUACAUGUGCGGCGACUGCGGGAGACACUUCUCGUUGGCCGGGACCCUAAGGAACCACAGGAAGUCUUGCGCGCAGAUUAAAUAUGGAGCAUCUGAGGUUGAAACCGCAGCGGGAGAGUCAUCUGAGCGAGACCUGGAGGUCGACAACGUCAGCACUGAGGUGUCUGUCAUUCAAACUGCACCAAGCAUUCAGGCCUCCGCCACCUUCUCCUCGUCGUCCUCCUCUUCCUCCUCCUCCUCAGAGGAGGUCAACUGUGACCAAGCGGCCGAGGUUGAAAAUAACUCGGAUGAGGCGGAGGCGAAGGACGUUUCCAGCCCGCACAUGAGCGUAGUCGUGAAAGAGGAGGAAGAGGAGGAACCCUUGUGCGAUGAAGCGCUGGCUACAGAAUGUCCUGCCGUGGACAGAAAUAGAAAUGUACCUUCCCUGAAGGAGGAAAUAGAAGACGACGAUGAUGUUAUCAACACACCUCCAAAGGACGGUGAGGAUGCAUCAGGCGGAAUCGUCUCGCCGACCUCCCAGGUGAAGGACCAGCCUAAGAACAACAAGAUCACAAGCUCGUACUGCUGCGGCUUAUGCGGCAGAGACUGCCACAAGAUGUCGGCGCUGCAAAUCCACAUGCGCAUCCACUCGGGCGAGAAACCUUACCAGUGCGCCCUGUGCGGAAAGCAGUUCACCCAGAAGGGUCAGCUCAAAGGCCACCAGAAAGUCCACACAGGAGAGAAACCCUUUGCCUGCCCCGAGUGCGGCAAGUGCUUCGCCCACUCGGGCGCCAUGAACCGACACCGGCUUACGCACACGGGCGAGAAACCCUACCACUGCUCCAUGUGCGAGCGCAGCUUCAACCAGUCGGGGCGCUUGCGGGAACACGAGAAAACCCAUUUCGGGGACAAGCUGAACUGCCCCGAGUGCGACAAGACGUUCACGCGCUCCUCCAGCCUCAAGAAUCACUUGAGGCUCCACACGGGCGAGAGGCCGUACAACUGCGACGUGUGCGGUCGGGGCUUCAGCCGUUCGCAGAGCCUCAGGCUCCAUAAGCGGAAGCACCAGCUGCUGCAGGCGGAGGAGGACUCCUGCUUCAGCGUGGGAGACGAAGACAUAUUGGACGAUAAGUCCCGGAUCGGUGUGUGUAGUCCAACGGUCAAAUGUGAAGAGGAUUUAUUUCUAGAGAGCACACCUAGAUAGAGGUGUGGUUUCUAGAGGAGUCGCUUUCGACUGUAAAGCAGGGGUGCCGAGCUUGUGUUUUGCUGUGAGCCACGUUGUAGAAAAUCCACAGAAUAGAGAAAUCCUGUAAAACGUAUAUUAUUUAAGUCAAGUCAAAAUUGAUCAUUGUAUGUUCUAACACAGUUUUCUGAUUAAUAUUGCUUUUGUGGACUAUGGAUCAAGCACCAAAAUGCCUUCUUUUUUUUUUAUCCUAGGAGGCGGCCACUUGGUGUCCACUAAUGGACUUUUACUUCCCCAACUCGACGCGUCAAAAUAACUGACUAAAAUGGCGUCACUUGCCCUAAAAAUCUUUUUAAACAUAUACGUGUAAGUGUUGAAAGGUUAUACGAGGCAAAAUGUUAUUUUUUCCAAAUGUUUUUUAUUUUAUAUGGUUUCUCUGUUGCCAAUUUGAACCAAUCGGCUCCAUGAAAAUCAAGUGGCGGGCCGGACCUGACCCCCGGGCCUUGAGUUUGCUACCAGCUUGUUAGAUUGUAAAAAGGAAAACAUCCUCAAUAACAUUAACAUGAUGGUUUUAAUUCUUAAGGAAGAAAUAUUUAACUUGCAGCUUAACUAAAUAACACAAGUCACACAAGUCAAGCUACGUAUAUUCUGAGUGCGUACGUGAUUUAUACCCUUAUCCAAAUAUGACAUCUUUUAAGACUGCUAGUUUUAGGACAUUAGCAAGUGCUAUAAAUGGGAACAAAAAAAGUGAAAAUGCAACUUGAUCAUAUUCAUCCUAUGUCGGCCACAAAACAUUUUGUAUUAUUCUUAUGACAGUGUUGUACUCACAAAUGUGCUUGGUCUGCGUUGCCCUUCUCCAGAAAGUUGUACUAGAAUUUGAAAUCUAAAAAAACGCUCUGGAAAUAGAAUGAAAGUGUGUGAUUUUUUC